AACAAGUGGGCGGGGUCUCACGCGAGAAGAGUUCCAAUCUCGUGCAGUCAGGUUUGAUUCCUACAGGGAUUGAUACAAAUUAGUGAACAUACACACACAGGAGAAAAAAAACAUCAAAAUAGUACCAGCUAGAAGCGCAGUAGGUCAACUUGGGGAUCCUUCCAGGUGGACACAACAUGAAGGUCAUCAUCACGUUUUCUUCUAAAGGAAACAGACACACACAGACAUUAACACCAUCAUGGCUAUAACCAAAGAAAAGAUGCACCAGAAUGAUAAAUGACAUGUCUGUGCAGCUUCUCCCACAACUUUUAGACAAACAUUCUCAAUCUGAAAUACUCUUCAAAUCUCGUGUCACAGAACAGGAAAUGUUGACAUCUAACUGAGCUGAAAUAUUUAGUUGUGAAUGACUAAAACCUUGAAAAAUAACAUUUUGUGCACAACCUCUUGGAUGUGACAGCACUUGGAAACUUCAGGGUCGUCCGUGUGGUGCAGCUGGAUUUAUGGAACAGAAACAAUAAGACCUCAAAUAUCGGCUAAUCCUGAACUCUGUGAUCUACUUCCUGAGGAUAAACACAUUUCUGACCAAUUUCAGCUUGAACACACCGACACGUUUCUCUGUAGAGUUCUGAUGCAUCACAUGAUCUGCUGCUCUGACCUUCACUGUCCUCUGAGGACAUCUCUGUUCUUCUGGUGAAGCAGAUGAAGCUCUGAUCCAUGGAUGAAGCACAUCAGCUGUCUGGGCUUGAACUGACACUUCACAGGACAGUUUUUAUCUGACAAUAAAUCCAGAGAUGUUUCUAUAAAUACACGAACCGUCUCCCUGCAGGCAGAGCCUGGAGAACUCCAUCACAGCUAAAUCCUCUCGUCUUCUAGCAUCUUCCGGUCCCCUCUCUGAUUCCUCAACACUCGUAAACCUUGUUUAGUGAUGCUUUCUCCUUAGAAAGAGAAGACCCCGCCCACCAUGCGCCCGAACACAACAGUGCAUGUGGGGAGUCCUGAACUCCAAGCGUCUGAGAUGAAGCAAGAGGCAAAAGUUUCUCCCCUGAAGAACUUUGUGGCUGGAGGGGUCGGGGGAACCUGCUUGUUGCUGGUUGGACAUCCACUCGACACCGUCAAGGUCAUCCUGCAGACACAGCCUAGAGCUUCGGCUCUGUACUCUGGAGUGUACGACUGUUUCUGCCACAUUGUGGUCAGACAGGGCAUCGCUGGUCUUUAUAGAGGUAUGGGGGCCCCUCUGGCAUGUGUGGCCCCCAUGAUGGCCAUCAGCUUCCUCAGCUUUGGUUUGGGGAAACGGCUGCAGCAGAGCGACCCUGAAACGACCCUUUCACACAGUCAGAUAUUCUUGUCAGGCUGUUUGGCGGGAACAUUCACCACAGUGGUUGUUGCACCAGGAGAAAGAAUCAAGUGUCUGCUUCAGGUUCAAUCCAGAAGUGGAGAGUCCAGGUAUGCAGGCCCGCUGGACUGUGCCUUCAAGCUGUAUAAGGACCGUGGGAUCCACGGCGUCUACAGAGGAACCGUCCUGACUCUCAUCAGAGACGUCCCCUCUACUGGUCUGUACUUCUUAACAUACGAAUACCUCAAAGGUGCGCUCACACCUGUGGGUCAAAGUGUUUCUCAGCUCAGCACUCCCAACAUUUUACUGGCUGGUGGGGCUGCAGGGAUUCUGAACUGGACAGUCGCUCUUCCCCCAGAUGUCCUCAAGUCCAACUUCCAGACAGCUGCAGAUGGUCGAUACGGCGGUCUGUGGGACGUCCUGAGAACACUGCUGCGUGAAGAAGGACCCAAGGGGCUCUACAAGGGGUUCAGUGCAGUUCUCCUACGAGCCUUUCCAGCCAACGCGGCCUGUUUUCUGGGGUUUGAGGUGGCGUUGAAGGCACUGGACAUGGCUGCACCACGCUGGUGAAACCAAAACUUUCCUACACAUCAAAACACUUCCAAAUACUCCACAAACAGGAAGAACGUCACCUCUAGAGUGUCCGUCCUGAGACUGGAAGGUUGUGAGUUCAAAUCCUGACCAAGUCAUACCAAAAAUGGACCCAGUGCCUCCCUGUUUGACACUCAGCAUUAAGGGGUUGGAUUGGGGGGUUGAACCACCAAAUGGUUUCCAAGUGCGGCUGUGUCUGUAGCUCACCACUCCCACAGGUCAAAUGCGGAGAACAACUUUCACACAGCUCCAUGGGUGACCGCUGAUGGGACUCUAACAUGAGACAAUGAUGUGAUCCAUCACUACUUACUCUAGAGCGCCUCCAGGUGUUGACGUGAUAUCACACCUGAAAGAAGCAUUCUUUAUUUUAUGUUUGUACCUCAUUACUUAUUAAACCUGUUAGUGUGUGACACAUCUGUGGUUUUAUUUGAAUAAAGACAUUGUUAUGUGUGAUGUGAAACAGUAGAACAUGGGCGGAGUCAGUUGGGUGUUUAGGGUUUGGGCGGAGUCUGUCACUGACUCCUGUCUCCAUCUCCUGAUCAGCUGUUUCCUCUCUGUGGGCUUUAACUCCAUCUCUGCUCCAUCUGGCUGUAUCAGCCAUACUUGAUCACAACAAGGAUGUUAUGAUCAACUAAAAAUAGAUGUAAUAAAACUUUUUAUUUAAUUUAAAAAAGAAAUAAAACUUGAGUUUGGAAAAAUGUUACCUUGUAAUAAUUAAAUAAAAAGUGUAUUUAUGUCUUUUGUGUGCUUUUGUGAAAAAAGAGUCUGCAAUUAAAGUUAAUCUAUCUAAAAAAAAAACUAAAUAAACUGAAUAAAUUGAACCCACACUGGAACCACAGACUGAAAUUAAAUUGAAUUAACCAAACCAAAAAAAAGGUAAAUUACAAAAAAAAA